UGUUGUUUCCGCAUCAUACACAUCAAGUAUUAUGCACAUUUAGAACAGUAGUCAUGUUUUGGUAAUUAUUGGUAAUAUUUUUCCAAUGGUAAAAAUUUGAAUUGUGCGAAGGCUAUCAUAAGGUUAGAACAACAGCUCGGAGUUACAAGUAAACAGCGAGGCUACGUUGCUGUUUUACAAGUAGACUGUUGGCACACAGGCUAUCUGGCGAAUUUACUGUCAAAUUGGUUCUAGGCAGGACGGAGACGACAUGUCCUGCGGUUUGUUGGAGUUUUGUCGUCUCCAAGAACUCAAGACGGUGAGGGAUUAUUUGUUUCACGAUCAAACUGAGCAGGCCGAGAAGACUCAAAGAGGAGCAGAAAAUGAACUAUCGUGGGACACCUCUGACUGGGAAACAGCAUGGGAAAGUGACAAGAGCAAAGAGCAAGAAGCCGCAUCGGCACCAACGGUGGAGGAAACCACAGAUCUUAGUGAACCCUGGCUUCAGGAUUGCAUCGUAUCCCUGUCCCCCUGCUCAGACCUGCUAGUGGUUGCUCGUGAGCAAAAGGCUGUCUUUCUCUCAGCUAAGUGGCGAACAGAUGAUGGUGGCAGAGAAGAGAUGAGCCUUGCUGUGUCUUGGACUGGAAUACUCAGCAGUGAAGAUGGAGAGUGUGUGACCAGCACCAUCUGUGUACCACUGGCAAGCCAGAAAAGGAGCUCCACUGGGCGACCUGACUGGACGUGCGUUGUUGUGGGUUUCACUUCUGGCCAUGUCCGGUUCUACACAGAGAAUGGGGUUCUGCUCCUGGCACAACUGCUUCACGAGGACCAAGUGUUAAGGUUGAAGUGUCGAACAUAUGAGAGCCCUCGCCAUCCUGGUGUUACUGAGCAGCAUGAAGAGAUAAGUAUCCUGUACCCUGGUGCAUUGGUCACUAUUGAUGGUUUCAGCCUCUUCCAGUCCCUGCGUGCUUGUCGGAACCAGGUUGCAAGAGCGGCCGCUGCUGGUAGUGAUGUGAUUCAGCCACCUCCCCUGGCCUAUAAGAAGUGGGCUCUCCAGAACCAGGACACUAUUGUAGACCACUGUAGUGUGGGUGUCAUGACACUCAAUGUGUUCGAUCAGAUGAAGAAUGCCUCUAUUUUGGGGGGAUUUAAUGCUUCUGUCAAAGGCAGCCCCCCUGCCAUGAGCCAGUACGUGACUGUAGGAGGGGGCCCAUACACUGGCUUUUACUAUGCGGUAGAGGGAGGCAGCCAGCCUCUUCUCUCUCAUGUGGCUCUUGCUGUGGCCAGUAAACUUACAUCAGCCCUCUUCAGUGCUGCCAGUGGAUGGCUGGGAUGGAGCAAGAACAAGAAUGUAGAUGAGACUGUCCAAAAACACAGGCCCAAAGUGGAGCCUGCAACACCCUUGGGGAUCAGAUUUGGUCUCCCAGACUCUCGCCGUCAUGGUGAGUCCAUAUGUCUUUCUCCGUGUAACACGCUGGCUGGAGUAACUGAUGACUUUGGUCGAGUGACACUGCUGGACCUAAACAGAGGAAUUGCAGUUCGCAUGUGGAAAGGUUACAGAGAUGCUCAGCUGGGUUGGGUGCAUGUUCCAGAGGAUCGGGUCAGUCGGGAUUGUCCCGCCUCAUCUUCCCUCCCCAGACGCCAUGCGCUGUUUUUGGUUAUUUACGCUCCUCGCCGAGGGAUCCUGGAGAUAUGGGCGAUGCAGUACGGACCUCGAGUGGGUGCAUUCACUGUCGGAAAACACUGCAGGUUGCUGUAUGCUGGUUACCGUCUGUUAGGUGUGAACCGUGUGACCAGUCAAGGCUGGAAGAUCCACACCCAUCAAGUAUGUUUGCUGGAUCCCGUCACAGGAGCCCUGAGGACUGUGAACGUUCCCUUCCACCUGGCCCUCAGCGACAAGAAAAGUGAAGGAGCCAAAGAUAUGCAUUUGUUAAAGAAAGUGACAACAAUAUUCAAGACCAGAAAUAUGGAACCUGAUAUUUUGGAGAGUGAGGCCAAAAGUGUACUGCUGAAUAUAAAAAGCUCCUCAAUUCAAAAACAGGCUUUAGAGUCUUUGCUGUCCAACAACAGCAUCCCUGUUUUGUGUCUCACAAACAUCACAUGCGCCUUACUCAGCGCUCUGCAACAGCAAGGCGCUGAACAAGUGGAUCCAGUGUUACUGCAGUUCUGCUCCUCCCAGCUGAAAUUAAUUCAGCUCUACACUGAAAUUCACCACAUGAACUUGGCUCCUGAUACUGAAGAGCACGAUGAAGCUCUGGACGUCUUUGACGGUAUUGAAGUUGAAUUGGCACGUGUAAUUCCUACCUUGCAACUCUACGCUAAGUUCAACUCGAGGCCCAGCGUUUCUUUUGUUCAAGACGCACCAGAUGCACCCUUGUCUGCCCCGACCUUCCUGUCGCAGAUUGAAUGCACAGAGGAUGGGCAAUUAAAGCUUAUCCACACUUCUGAAGUAGAGUGGAACCAGUUAGGGAGCUUUAUCUUCUGGGGUUGUCUAUGUGGUCAAAGCUCACCGCACAAAAUUUGUGACAAGCUACAACAGGCUGGCUUUAGUCCAUCGCAACUACUAUCUCUCUUGCUGAAUAUAUGGUUGCAACGAGAAAAGGAGUUGCUCCAGACCCCGACAAAAUGUUUUAAAAACCUUCACACAUUACUGGUCCUCCUCAGUAACAUGGAAGGUGCCAUAGAAGAGUCAUGGGACCCACAGUCUGUCUCACCCUGGUGGCAGCAGUGCCGCAACAUAUUAGUCCAGUCACAAAACUCUGCAGCUGCUGUGUUGGCUGCGUUUGUUGCUCAUCAUGUUGCCAAGGCCAGCAUCACCAGCAGGGCAGACAGCAAGUUACAGUCAGAGUGGGAAGCAGUGUCUUUGGAGCUGGAGCACUGGGUGGUGUGUGUGCGUCAGCUGGAAGAUGUUCUGGUGCUGCAGACACUACUCUUGGUGCCACCGAUUGUUGGAUCAGCAGGAGGCCCUGUGUUGCUGUGUUCCAUAAAAACACUGCUGGAGGGCGGCUCAGGUGGCAUUACCGACAACGUGUCCAAGUGGGUGUUCAGGCACAAUCUGAUCCCCGAGCAACUAAAAGCAAUCCUUCAGAAGAGUGAAGACAAAGAUGAAGAUAAAACAUUAGGAGAGAAGGCAGGCGAAGAUGUAAAAGUGUUAAAAAGUCAGGAGAAAUCAGCUGAAACAGCAGACAUGUUGGCGACUGUGUGUAAGCGCUUCCCACACUCCCUCUCCCCAAACUUGCUCUUCGCACAUUGCUGCUGGGAGUAUGUGGUGCAAUGGAACAAAGACCCAGAGGAAUCUGCACACUUGUGCCAGGCCAUAGAGCAUCUGAAACUGGUCUCCAGUCCACAUAUCCAACUAGGUAUUUGCACAAUGAUGUGGAGUACGUUUAUUGUGAAACGUUUUUCUGCAGCAGCCUUUCUCAUUGAGAAGGUGGGCAAAACACCCAAAGAUCGCUUGUGCCGAAGGGAUGUUGGAAUGGGAGACAAAGCUUUGACUUCCUUCUUGUUUUGCUGUGUCCGGCUGCUGCAAAUCCUCAUGGAGGCGGACUCCGCGGUAGCUGAGGUGCCGCCCCCAGAGCUGUCUGCGGAGGAAGUUUGGUGCGCAGCCGAGGGCCCGGCCUCCAUAGCCGAACUGGCCCUGGAGCAGAAAGGUGUUCACUAUCCCCUGGUGCAGCACCACUGUCUCCUCGCUUCCCUGCUACACGCCGCCCUGACUUUCACCCUGAAGGUCAAGCCUCUCAGCCUGUUCGACAGCAAGGGUAAAAAUGCUUUCUUCAGAGACCUGGCCACCAUUCAGCUAAUGCCAAGUGGAGACAUGGACCCAGGACUGGUCCUAUUACGACAAGAGUUCCUUUUGCGGGUGUUAACAUCCUGGGUGCAGUGUAUCGACAAUCAAGUCGACACUACCUCUAGCACCGGGCCCCGGGCGCUGCCCUCGAGCGGACCCCAAGCCGAGUGGUGGCCCUCGUUAUGCCUUGAGCUUGGCAGCCUGCUGCAUGUCUCCCCUGAAAUCUUGCGGCGACACCUGGUGUGCCAGCUCUACAACCAGGGGCUUGACCUUCACGCAGAGGAGGUGAUUUUAGAAGUUGAAGACAAGGAUGUGCUGGGCUCUCAGCUCCUGAUGGUCACAGGCCAAAGGCUGAGCUACUCACUGCUGCACAGCCAGAACCAGACACAGCCUGCUAUGGAGCUAUUGGCCCGCCUGCCCCCCACCCUCUGCACAUGGCUCAAGGCUAUGGACCCCAGUGAGCUGCGAUGCCCCCUGGUGCCCUUGCCUCAGACCAGCAGGCUGGUGGGCCACUUGAUCGAGAUGCUUCCAGAGAACCACAGCCAGUACAGCCUGGCGCUGCACCUUUUGGAGGCAGUGGACGCCCUUACGGCGGAGGACUGACUUAGCAAAUGAUGCAGUUUGUUAUGUGAAGAACAUGUGAGAUUCUAUGUGUUAUGUUGAUAUGUAAACAAGGAGCAUAUUUUCAGAAUAGAGUGGAACCAGGAGAGAACUAAUAGGAGUCAUCUUAUAUAGCCAAUUGUCCGUUACGUUGAACAACCUUUUUGAGGCCAUAUGCACACAUAUUGCUGUACAGUAGUUUUUAAAUGUCCUAAAACAUUACAGUAUAAAGUUAUAGUAAAAUAUAUUAAAAAAAAAAGCUUAAAAAUGUUUUAAGUUUCACAUUUUAUCCAAAAUUACCUUACCACUGUGCAUGUCCACGGUGACAUUGUUGACGUACAGGUGGCUUCCACAAGCCGUGAGAAAUUGGAAUUAGUGAUUCCGAGUUCUAAAACUGUUGUCAAGGGUGAACAGCAUGGAAAAAAAUGCUGAGCAUCUACAGCAUGUUUUGGACUUCAGACACUGCAACUAUACUGCUUUCUCUCUGCCAAGCACUCUAUGUACGAUAAACGGAACCAUCAUCUCAUUGGUGCCAUGCAAUGCUCAACAUUCGACAUGGACACCACUAAGGCAUGAUGUCUUGGAAUUGUAUCUAGUCAUAUAGUGUAUCUCUGACCUGUAAAUAUAUGCCUGUGUUAUGCUGCAGCGGCAGUAAACAACAGAUGCCAAUUUUGAAACUAAAAGACAUUGUCGAUGGUAGUUUGUGACAAAUGGAAACAAUUUUUAGACAAACUGAGUCCCGACAGUCCCCUUUAUCAGAUGUUAUAUCGGGUCCAUUUUAUCGAGGUUCCAUUGUAUUGCCAUGGAGUUUCUUUAUUCAUACAUAUUGAUAGAGCUCAAGUGUUUUAAUUUGUUUUUAACCUUAACAUCCCAUAUUUUUGUAUGUUGCAUUUAUCACACUUGUGGAUACCUAAUCUAAUGAAUGUCAUCAAGUGUAUGGUAAACAGGUAUUUUUCUGUAUUAGGCACAAGGACCUUGUUUAGUGAUGUAUAUCAUACAUGCAAGCACUUCUUUCUCACAGUGCCUGUAAAGCCUUUUGUGGUAUAUUCCUCUGUCCAGAUGCUGCUAAUGGACAGAAUAAACAGAAUCACAGUGUCAA